AUGGUGAAUAACAAUUCUCCGUAUCCAUUUAACAAUUUUCCGUUCACACAUCAACCGUCGUUUCCUUAUUCGUCGAAUCCGGUCUUUUCCGGCUAUCUUACACCCGCUACAGCGGCCACUGCAGUCUCUGCAGCUGCCUCAUCGACAAGUCUCCAGACUUACUUGAUACCACAAUCAAGUACUCAAUUUUUUGUCAUCCUCCUUCAAAAAGUUUUGCGUAUUUUACAUCUUACGGUGUUAAGUGCGGACUGUGUUCGUAAAUCAACUGGAAGACGUGAACGCACGACGUUCAAUCCGAUGCAACUGCAAUUCCUGGAAUCCAUCUUCAAAGAAACACACUAUCCGGAUGUUUAUCAUCGAGAGCAGAUUGCCGAGAAAGUUGGUCUUCAAGAAAGCCGAAUCCAGGUAUGGUUCAAGAACAGACGUGCCAAAGAUCGUCAACAAAAACGUUUAGGACUCCAGUCAAUGAGAGCAAAUCUCUCCUCAGUUAGCAGUCAUAACAAUACCAGCACUAAUCAAACCCAAACGCCACCUCCGGCUGAACCUAUUAAAACCAGUUCUACGCCACCUAAAGCCAUAUCACCUCUACUCAUUCCUGGUUCGCUGGAGUUUAACCUUAAAGCUGCAAACAAAAUCUCCACCUUGAGUCUGAAGAACAGCACCGUCAAAGACGAGAAUGACUUCAGUAAGAAUGAGUUCAAGACAACUUUCUCACCGUUCGAAACUACUCCGAAUAUUGCAAGCUGGCCUCCACCUUAUCCCACUAUCACCGCACAAACCGCGUACCCAUCAAGCUACCCAAACGCCCAAUCGAGCAGUUUCAAUUUUGGUACUGGAGCGACCGCUGCUCAAAACUACUAUCAUCAUCAUAAUCCAUAUCCUACGGACUUUUACAAUCCUUAUACUCAGCCCAGUGCAGCCGCAUAUCAGUCUUAUCAAUCAAUGUUCAGCGGUUUUAACAGUGCGGCUAGCAAUGGAAUGACCGAUAUACAACGAUCAACUUUAUGA